AAUAUAGCAUUGACUUGCUGCGCCUCAGUUCACUCUCGCGAGAUCCAACGGGAACUGCAAACGCAAUGUACCGUGAUAUCCGUUGAGGGAGCUGCUAUUAUUCAUUGGACACAAUAAUGGCUACCAUCCAAUUCUGCUGUCGUUUUCUCCGCUCUUCGGCUAACAUUGGAGGGUUACCGAUGUCUCAGUCGUCGUCGUGAAGCUUUAUCUUCCUCAGGUAAGAAAAGUCAAGUCAGAUUACAUUGAGAACGAAUCGUUCUGAAGCAUUUUGUCAUCAGCUGUUUGACAUCGUAACGUCCUUCAUCAUCUGAUUCCGCUAUUUCUGAGGGCUCGAGCUGACACAAAACUACCCCCGAAAAAUGGAUGAUUCAACGAAGUAACGUUUGUUAGUUGAAAUUUUGGCACUGGAAACUCAAGCUUGCAUACUUUACGGUUGUUUAGUAGCGAUACUUAAAUUCGGCAAAGGGAAUUUGGAAGUAGAAGAGUCUGUUUUUAAAUAUAGGACGUUUUCAUAGCGACUCCUAUUUUUUUCCAUCGUAUGCAAACACACUUAAAUCCUGUUUGGACAAAAAUGAUUUUAUCUGAGGUUUAUAAAAGGGUUGAAUGUACAUUGCUAUUGUAUAAGAUUUGACAACUAAAAUCAGCGACAGUGUUAUUAUCCUCAUUUUAAAAUACCUUAAAAUAAUGAAUUUCAAAGUGAGGUUUUGUCAAGCUGUUAUGUUGUCGAGGACAGAACUGUUGUGUGUUUCGUUGUGUAGUUUGGGGUGUUUUCACAGAUUUUUCUUCAUGUUUACAACACUGACACUGCAAAGACAUUAACUACACAAACCAUUUUUCCAAUAUCUUGCAUGACAAUGAACCGUCACUUUCAGUGAAUCCAUUUUUCUAGCAGUCAUGUAAAUUAUGUAAUUGCCAGUCCGUUUACUAUGCAAGUGCACUUAUGCGUUUUUUUUUCCAAGGCUUUCUCAGUGAAACUCUUAAGACAGGGUAUAAUGUUUCACUUUGAGGUCAGCCUGUGGUGUUGAUCAAUGAUGCAGCAGCAGCAGCAGUAGCAGGUGUUAUGUAAUCCAGCCUGUGUGCCGUCAUCCUCUGGAAUAAUCCUGCAGGCAUCUGCUGGUUACCACCAAAGAAUGUCUGUGGUUAUGACAGAGGGAAAGCUUUGUCAUGCCUUCCCACUGAAACCUAUAAUUGUCUCUCAUGUGUUUAAAUCCUUCUUAAAUUGGUUAAAGACCUUUUUUAUCAUGAAAUGUUAUCCAUCAAAUGCAAAAAUAAAAACACCCAUGUGCUGCCGGCAUUAUAUAUUGGUGAUCAGCUGCUGGAAAACCAAUAUUUCAGUCAGCCUCCAGUACUUUUAAAACUGAUCAGGGACGGUUUACGUGAAGUAAUGAUCGCGCUCUUCACUCAGCUGUCAUAAACCACUAGAGAGCAAAAUCAGGUCAAAAGCUAAUGGCAGUAUGAUAAUUUGUUAAAGCAGUAGAGCGGCUGCAUUUAACUCUAUCAAUUUAAUGCAACCUGCAAAAGCUAAGCAUGCAAGUUUACUAAAGCUGCAGAGGAAAAGCUGCUCUGCCAAGACAGCAAAAUCUGGAUUUUAAAAAGGAGAAUAUUUGUAUGAUAGCCCAUAAAGGCCAGAAAUAUAAUGAAGAAGCUGGUUGAAUUAAUCUCUGUGGAAAACCUCAACGGUCGAGAUUCAAUUUUUUUGUUGGACUUUGGAUCGAUUGCAUGUCCAACCAUUUUCAGCACUGAGAUUUAAAACAUGAUGUGUCUGUUCUUAGUUUUAAAACACAUUUAAAGCUCUGACGUCAUUACUAUGUCACCACUGAGUCUCUCUGGAUUAAUUCCUCCACUUUAGAGAUUAAGUUAAAUAAAUGAAAGAAGCCAGAAGGAUCUUUUGGUUAGUCGGUCCUCACAAGGUUAGGCUCUAUUUGUGAAUAAAAAAAGUGUGCAGCUGUGUGAUUCAGGCAAAUACAAGACUUGAAUUGGUAUCAGCAGACACAUGUUUAUUUCUUCAUCAGUGUGUUUGUCAGGGACAAUACAUGAAGACAUCCGAAGUGCAUCUGCUGCUCUGCUUAUAGGACUUACAGCCAUGGCAAAUUCAAAGUAAAAGGCAAAUAAUGCAAACUGUAAAACAAACAUGAAAGCUGAAAAAAACAAACAAGGGUGUCACAAAAAUGUCUACAAACUAACAGCAAAGCAGACAUUGACCAGAAAUUAAAUCAAUUAAAAUGCUUCUUUAAAAAUGAUUUGUCUUCAGGUGUAAAGAAAGAUUUUUUUGAUAUCAAAUGUCUGAAAGUUCAUCUCUCACCUCUGUUCUCUCUAGUUGCUUCCUUGGCCUAGCUGCUUACCCAUAAUGCAUUGCCUUAGAACUUUGUGUGUCUCUGACGGGCCAAUGUAACACCUCCACUGCCACUUCUCCAGCCAGCCCACCUCACAGCCGCACAGCAGGAAGGUAGACCAUCAUCUUUAGUUUUGGACUCUGUGUGUCUCUCACUGAGAACCUUUUCCUCUUUUGUGUCGUUUUGUCUUCAUGACUUGUAACAUGAAACCUCUCUUUGUCUUUUUCAGGUCCUGUCCUGGUUCAUCUCCUUCUCUGUUAAAACCGGGAUCAUGUCAGGCUCAGGAGAGUUACCAGGUGAGAUUUCACUGCUGCAGGGGUCGAGACGGUUCAGUCAAGGACUAAUUUGAUGUUCUGUAAGACACAAGUAUUUACCAGCUGUGUGUUACUCUGGUGGAAGAAACCACUUCUAAAAGAAGGGACAUGAUUUUGAGCCGUGUGUUUCAUUUUGAGAGACUUUUGUGGAGUUUUAAGAAAGAAGCUGAAUUUUUUUGGUUUGUGUUUGGAGUUUUUAAAUGUUUAGGGAAGCUGUAAUUGGAAAAACAUAAACUAGAGAAACCCUAUUACAUAACUGUGAGGUUAAAAAGAAUGAACAGAAACUCUGAUUCUCUGCCUGGUUGAGUCAAGAAAGACCCAGAAAAGUGUCGUUCAACAUGCUGCAUCAUACACACAGUCAAACAGAGGAUUACACAGAUUAUUGUCUCACUGUAGAUAAAUCUGAGUGGAUUAGAGGAUCCAGUAAUCACAAACUCGCCCUGUGUGUCAUCGAGAAUCGAUGGGAAUCGGGACUAAAACUUCGAUUCUUCCGGUAUCGUUCAAAUAUUAAAAUUUCGAUUCCAAGUUUCGAUGCCAGAGUCCGCCGACCGGAAGAAAUAGCCGCCAAAAAUCAACGAAGAAGAAGCCGCUUAACACCAACGAGGACGGAGCGUAUGAGACGAAGCCACACAGAGAGAGGAGAGAGACAGAGAGAGAAAGUACAUUGCAACCCACAGCAAUGCAGCCGCUGUGGGUUACAAUCUCUCUCUGUCUCUCUUAAAUAUUUACUUAAAUAUCCACCUAACGUUAGCCCUUGUACUUUUUCAUAGACAAACGACCUGAAAACAAAAGUUGAUAUUUAUAUACUGGUUGAAAAUAGCUCUGUGAGAAAUUCAUAGUAAAGUUCCUAAAAGUUAAUAGGAUUUAAAAAUUCAUGGAGAAGUUCAGAAAUUUCAUCCAAAAAGAAGAGCCCCGGUUAGCACCCUCAUUCAAACCAUGCUUUUUUUUUUCUUUUUUCUUUUUGAUAUCCUGCCUUUUAAAAGAAUCGAAUUAGAGAAUCGAUAGGAAUCGGAAUCGAAAUGAGGAAUCGAAAUUGGAAUCGGAAUCGUUCAAAAUCAAACGAUACCCAACCCUACCCGUGUGUCAUACAGAAUCCUAAAAGUUCUGUUGGUUUCCUCUGAAAUCUGCGGUUACUGACAGUGAAAGAACCACGACCAAAGAAAUGCUGCAUGAAAUCAGUCAUAUCAUAACAUCCGGGAGGGCGGGACUCGAAGCGGUUUUUGACUGUGUCCGUUUGUCUCUUCAGCGAUCGAGGGGUCUGGGAUGGGCGGGAUGAAGCUCCCCAUCGGGAUGACCCGGCGAGCUCUCAGCUACGACGACAACCUGGAGGCCCCAAUGUCCACGCCCCCUCAUGACAUCAGCAUCAACAACCUGUGGAGACGACCCAUCAUACCUGAGAGGAAGUUUCCCUACCUGGCUGAGGUUAGACAUCACACACACACACACACUCAUACCACUCAGACACACACACACCUGGAUAAUAAUGUCGGUUUUAUUUAUUUCCACCAGGAGGAUGAGAGCGGGGUCGUCAGUAAGCCGGUUGUACCCGAGAGCAAUCCCUCCAAAUCACCGACUGUAGUGAAAGCCAAGGCCUCGUCUGUCAUCAUGAACUCCCUCAUCACCAGUAUGUUACAGAGUAAAUGCUGAAGAUUUCAAACAAAAUAAGUUUAAAGAAUAGAAAGUCAUGCUUCUAUCCUUCCCUCUUUCUCCUCCAGAGCAGACGCAUGAUAGCAUGUACAAGUUUGAGCAGAGGGUGGGGCUUACUGACACCAGCUACACGCCCCACAAAGGCCUCACUGCCGAAGAGACGAGACACCACCACCGCAUUCCUGAGUCGCUCCAGGUAAGACGCCCUAAAUGCACAGACCAGCCUUCAUGUUCACAACCAAGACAAAGCUUAAUUCAAAGAGUCCCUAGCAGAGUGGAGACGACCAAGACAGGUGACAAUAACCAACUGAAAAGAUGUCAAAGACGAGCGAUGAAGCCUUUGUUGCAUUUGGGUUCACCUUGAAUGAAGAGGGAGAGGAGGAGACACCAGUGUGUGUGUAUGUUUGUAUAUAUAUAUGGUUUAAAGCUGACAGCAUAAGACCUGACAAAUCCGAACAGCAUUCAGGAAAGUUAGACCUGGUCCACAAAAGAACUCCUGGAGGUUUUGAACUCUGUGAAUACUGCAGCAGUGAAACAGAAAACACUCCUCGCUUCAUUCAGAGUCCAAAACUGACUGCUGAGAGCAACAAACCAGCCGCUCAGUCCCUCUGAAAAAGUUUCUUUAACUUCCACUCAGGUUUUAUAAAAAUAAAGUGAAAAAGGACGGAUCGAGCGCUCUGACUCUGUGACACAAAGAAGCUCCUUUUGGCAAAAAUAUUUGAUUUAUUUGUCUUUGAUUAUGUAAUUGCAUGUUUGCAGAAAGUGGUUUGUUAAAGUUGCUUUUUCUUACGCUGCUCUUGCAAAUUUUUGAAGUAAUAAUAAACAAUAAAAUGAUAAUUCCUCUAGUUUGGAGACAAAUCAUGUUAUGCAGCAAUCAAUGCAGCAAUUCUUUGAAAUUUCUCCCUUUUUGUGUCUUUUUAAAAAAAAAAACGUUUUUUAUGCACAGUGCAGUAAUCUAAUUCUUAACAGUUUUUAGAGAUAAAGACACGAUUAAAAUGUUUUUAUUUACCUAAUUAAAACAACUAAAGGAGAGGGGAAGAAAUCAAUCUGCUCACAGACUUGUUGGUGUGUCAUUAAAGGGAUAUUCCAGCAUAAGUUUUAGUCGUGGUCAAACACACCAUAACACUGAGUUAGUCGCAUUUUCUUGCAAGAUGAAUUUUGCAGACCACUUGCUUCUCUAGUUACACCAACUUCAGCAACGACCACAUGAUAGCAAUACACAGCGGUCUAUGUCUCCAACUACCGUGUCUGCAGGGCAAGAUAAUUAUUAUAAUGAAAAUGAUUAAACUCUUGCCAGAAUAUCCCUUUCAGUUACAAAUGUUCCAUUUUGGCGAAAAAAUUAAAAAAAAACUUUUCCAAACUUUGUCCUGACCAGAUCUUUUGAAACGGAACUUUUUGUUUUUGUUGUUUAGAAACUGCAGAUCCAGAGUCUGGAGGCCAGAGAGGAGCGGCAAAGCACCUCCUCCCAGUCAACUCCCUCCAACACGCCACACACCUCCCCAAAACAGCUCCGCAGGUACACACACACACACACACACACACACUCUGAGUACUUACUGUCCUGCAGGAUUCACUUUAUCGCAGAACGUGAUUUAGUACUGACCUGGAUGUAAGAUAAACACCAGAAGAUCUGUAACCAGGUCAGGUUUACACUCUGUUUGUUGCUUUAUUGUAGGAGCUGGUUCAGCAGCACAGGAUCAGAGAUCAGCAUAAGCUCCUCUAACAGCAGUAUAGACAUGGGAGGAGGAGGAGGAGGAGGAGGAGACACAGGAGGCCCGGUCGAACGCUGGAGCGUGUUUGGUCCACGGCCACACGUACACAAGUCCACAUCUGACCUGGGAUCAGACUCCACAGCUGCAGGUAAACAGUGUCACCUGACUGAGGGGGCAGCAACAAUCAAUGUUUGUCGUACAUUUAUCACAACAAGAGUGGAAGUUUAGUGGAAGUUUUUGUUUUCAUGUCAAAAGAUAUAAAAGGAUCAACACUGACAGUAUUACGAUCAACUGUGUUUAGUAUUAAAGAUGCACCUUAGAGCCAAAAUCCUCCUGCUGCCUGGAGACCUAUGUGCUAAAAACCCAGGUGACCUCCGCUCUGUUUGUCUUGGUACAAACUGAAACUUGGUUAAAAUUUCUAUGACUAGUUAUAUAAGCGGUUAUGCUCCAGAUUUGGGUUAAUAGGCGAAAAAACAACCUUCAGACCAUCAGCAAACAUGCACCUAACCCCAGAUUUUUGGGGGGGAUAAAAGUCAGAGCUCUGUGUGUGAAGCUGUCCAAUCUGACUGAUGCAGGAAAACAACACUCAGGUUUCGACAUGUGGAGCGCUUCAGUUUGUUUUGAGAACGAGCGAAACCUUUUGAGCAGGAUGACUUUGGGUAGGUCGAGAAAUAUCAAAGCUUGUUUCUUGUAUAAUUUAAGAUCUGAAUGAAUUCUGAGCUCUCAAAAUAAGUUUAUUUUAUUUAGAAAUUGGCAAACCGAGAAUUUGAAUAAUGUGCAAAACACUGGGAAACCACAGAGCAGGAAGUGUUAUUUGAAGUUGAAGUCAUUUUUCAUCAUCAUAAAUUUCACCAAAACUGUGAAGACUCAUUUUAAUUAGAUAUUAAAGUUCAUUCAGAAUGUUUGAAUAAUUUCUGUGAGGGUCCUGCUCUUUCAUGGGAGACUUCUGUGUCGUGUAUCGUGGAGAUUUAAAUCUGGUCAGCAUUUGCUUCUGUUGGCUUUUUGCAUAAUUGCAUAAGCUCAGUGGGGUUUUUUUCUGCUGUUGUGACCAAUGCACUUUAUAUUGCUCUCAACGUGGCAUUAACAGCCAAUCUCAGAGUUUUAAUUUUUGAAACUGACAAUUUAAUUUGGGAGAAGAACGACAAAAAGGAUCGUAUUUAGAUCUUUUAAAUCCUGCUUCUUCAAGCUUGCUCUCUCUAACCACUGUCUGACUAAUGUCUUGAAACUUUUUCUGAAAUGUUUAAAAGAAAAAAUGUGCAAAUAUGCCACUUACUGGAUUACAGAUCUAAUGACGAUCACAUGCAUUAAAAAUAACUGAUUUCAUGUUCAUUCUCAUAGCCGGCUGAAAACUGUGAGCUUUCACCUAGCAGGCCGCUCACCUGCAAGUAUUCACCUUACCACACCAUAGUACCCAAGCCACCUGCUGGGCCAACAGAGGCAUUACAACAAGAUAAACAUGCAUUUGAACACAAUACACAAAAGCAAAUAGAUGCAGACCACAAAGUCAGGCGUCAGCUGAUUCAAAGACCUCAGUGGAUUACCUUUACACUUCCCGCCCUCCCUAAAAACUGCCGUCCAACCUGCUUGUUCUGUACCCAUGAGUCUUUGCUGCUGCUCUCCCCACCAUAGGCUUUGGGGCUCUGAGAUCCAAGUAGCCAAAUAUUGCCUGCAAAUAAAUCUGAUUUUUGGCCGAAGUGGUCUUGAUUGAAAUAUUUGAGCAUAAACUUUUGCAGCCUUUCUCUCCUUUUCUUUGGUUACACAUAUCCCGUGUUUUUUUUAUGUGCCUAUUUAAACUCAAUCAAUCUUUAAUUCUACAGCACUUUUCAUACACGGCAGCUUUACACAGAAAAAGAAAAGGCUUGGUCAAAAUCUUGAGACAAAGUAACAUAAAAUGAAGUGUAAGAAAUAAUGAAUAAAGAUGAAAUAAACACAAACCAAAAAGAUACUGAAAUAAGAGCACCAAAGUAGCUCAAUCAAAGACGAUCCUGACUUUAAAAGUAGAAACAGAUAAAUGCUAAAACACUCAAACAGAAUGAAGUUAAUGAUAGAAAAUGUAGUUAAAAGAUGACUGAGUAUUUGGUUAAUGUUCAAGAAGACUGAUGCUUUAAGACUAAAACUGUCUUUGAGAUGUGAUGACAGCUAAAGUAGAUGGCACGUGUGUGUGUGGUAGAAGAGGUGGUGCGAGAAGUCAAAGGCAGUUACUGUCAUGGUGAGAUAAUAAUAGUUAAAGGACAAGAUGUACUUUGACAGAAUCUUUGAAUGUACCUAAAAAAAGCUUUCCUGUAAGACAUAGUCGACUUUCUUUUGGAGCAAAACGUUCAAAACCCACAGGAAAGACAAACACCGCAGCCACAGCCUGUUCUUUCUCCCUAACCAUAACAUGUAGACUGAAUAAUCUGUUCUCUUCUACAGUCAAACAUUAAACCUCUGAGUCAGUGUCUUUGUGCUCAUACAACAUCCAGUCCACAGCUCAGAUUGAAGCGUAGAAAAGACAGACCAGAUCAAUCGCUCGUCCUUUCUGACGUUGAUCUGUUUAAAUCCUCAAACCAGGUUGUUCUUCACACUAAGAGGCUCUGAUAGGUUUUGUAAAUCUCAUUUUGAAUAAUUCAGACUGGAGGUACAAAAAUAACCACUUCAACUCACAAGCUGAUCGUGUUUUUUUUAACCCUUUUAAUCUCACGCUGUUUCAUUCUGUCUUUACCCAGCAGGCUUUGCGCUCCAGGCCUACCGUGGAAGCCAGAAACCGACCCCUAUGGAAGUAAUGAAGGCGCAGACCACUCAACUGGUCAACACUCCAGCCCAAGCGGUGGCCCCCCCGAAAAUGGAGAUCCCCACAGUGGAGAGCAGGCGGCAGGGAUCGAGACCGCACAAGCUCAAACCCAGAGAUAUGAACAUCCUGACGCCCUCUGGCUUCUAGGAGGACACAUUACAUCCGCAACCCAGACUCCAAAGGUCCCAUGAGAUGAAAACUUACUCUCACAAGCUGCUCCACAAGCUGUCCAGAUUUGAUCGUUUUAUUAUUCCUCAUAAUAACUCUGUAUUUUUCAAAUUUAUUACAAUAUCUGGAACAGCAACAAGAUGUCAGAAAAGCAGCAGGUCAUAAACAAACUCCGAUUUGGCAAACAGUCAAAUGGUAAACCUGCCAAACUGUCUGAAAAUCCUCAAAACUCUCAGCCCGUUUACAUUCUUUCCAAUCAUCUAAUGGGACCUUUGAAAGCAGCUAAAACAUCCAGAUAACAACCCAACACUCAGCCAACCGUCUUUUCCACCUAAACAUUCCAGGACUAAAAUAAAUGAAGCAUUUCAGCAUCUGCUUUCGCUGUUUUAGAGCAUGCACAGCGUUGCGUCGCCGUCAAAUAUUCCUCUGCAAGCUUUCACCGUUUUAAGUGUUUCAUCUGGCAGCAUAAAGACACGGUCAGGUUAUCAAAUUCAGCACGAGUCAACCCCCCUGAGCUCAGAUAAUCUGAGCACGAGUGCCACUGACUGAAGGAAGAGUAUAUUAUGACGUGUGUUUAAAAGGAUCCACUGUUAUUGCACUUUAUUCCCUUUAGAGAGUAGCUCUAUCUUCUAAUCUGGAGUCUGAAAAAACAUCCUCUUCCUCACCAUCUCACCAUAGAGUUUUUUUUUGUCCUCUGAUGGAAAUUUCACUAAGCAGGAGGAGAACAGUCAGUCAAUCCAGUUAUGCAAUGUCGUUUAUAACCAAUGAAGCUAAAAGAACAAAAAGAAACUGAAUUAUGUCUCAGGAAGUUGUUUAAAUUUAGCUCCUGCUCUCUGAAAUGUUCCACUUAUUUGUUUUUUUUAUGUUUUCAUGCCCAGAGUUUUUCCUAGUUUACAUGUUUGCAUCUAAAUUCCAGUUUCUGUUUCUGUUUUGGUGCUCAGAAGCUGCUGGUGCGCACGCUUGAUGCAUCCUGCAGAAACCUUUGACCACUUAGAGGCAGUUUGCAUGUAUUUGUUUUUGCAAAAAAGCAAAGUGAAGGAUUUUAACUCUUUUUGAUUAUGACUGAAAUAUUGGACACAAAUUUAAAAACUAGCCCCAGAAUUUGCUGGAAAAAACGCCCCUGAAGUGCCUGCAUCCUGCCUUUGAAUGGCUCUUUUUUGUUACAGGGUUUCUGCAUGAUAAAGUGUGAAACAUCAGAGAGCUGAUGAAUGAACUGUAGUGCCGUGCUUUCUGUUAUUGAUAUUACUUUUAUUGCACUUUUAUGUUAUGAAGUAGCGCCAUGUUUGCAGCAUUGAUUCCAUGCCUAACAUGACACAACAAAUGGAGGCAUUUAUGUUUAAUGCAGUAACAACAUUCCCGAUCGUAAUCAUCCGUAUCUCAGCCGUGGUGUACAUUAGGUGUUGUCAGUUCUCUGUACAACUUGUGCGGACACAGGAGAAAACACACUCUGCUGUUAGUCUGAAAUAGAACAUGAAUAUGACUGUUUUUGCUGUUCCGUUCCACCGUUCGCUCACAAGUGCUCUGUGUUUAAAGUGUGACACUGUCCCUUUAAAUCUCCCUCAUGUCAGUAUCACACCUGAACCUCCUCUGUAUAGUCGUGUGAAUCUGUAGGACUGAAUGACUGAAUUAUACUCAUGUUUUAUCAUGUAAAUGUUUUGUUUUUGUUUGUACAGUUUUUUCUUUACCAGGUAGAUUGAGAAUAAAUGUUACAUUCUCGUCACAGUAACAAGACUCGCUGCUUUAUUUUACUCUGUAAGAAAAGUGUCUAAUUCAUCAGCAGAGAUUUCAACAGUCAAAUGCCAGGUCAUCUGCAGCACUGUAUUGCUACCUCUAGGUGGCAUCAGCUCACCAUGCAGUGUAACAGUCCUGCUUUCAUAUCGGUUCAGACGUGUUUAUGAUAACAGACAAAAUCAGUCCUUCAGAUUCUGGAUGAUCAUAUUUAAAGGACUUCUGCAAUUACACUCUAGCUGCGACUGACAUGAAG